AUGUUUAGGGGUCGACCCAACGACAAGUAUGACCACCCGUUCCUGAUCCGGAUGAAGCACUUAAGGAAAUCAAACCAUAAUACUAUGACCAGAGACUCAACCAUUUUGACGCUAAAGAUAACCGCACUUUUAAACAGCUGUAUUAUACCGACGAUUCGCACUAUAAAACUGGUGGACCGCGCCGAACAAUUCAACGCAUUUCUGGCAACAUUAGAGCACCGGUACUACGGGCAGUCCGAACCGUUUAACGAGACAACCGUUGAAAACCUGAAAUACCUUUCAAGUGAACAGGCGUUGGCCGAUACGGCUGAGUUCAUACAGUAUUUGACUAAAAAGUUAUCACUUUCAGGCAAAGUGGUUGUGUUUGGGGGCUCUUAUGCCGGAUCAUUGGCCGCCUGGUUCAGGGAGAAGUACCCCAACAUAGCUGUCGGUGCCAUAGCGUCCAGCGCUCCCGUGUUGGCUGAAGUGGACUUCAAAGAGUAUUUCGGUGUCCGACUCAUUGGGAACGGAGUGCUCACAAGGUUCAGGGAGAAGUACCCCAACAUAGCUGUCGGUGCCAUAGCGUCCAGCGCUCCCGUGUUGGCUGAAGUGGACUUCAAAGAGUAUUUCGGUGUCGUUAGCGACUCAUUGGGAACGGAGUGCUCACAAGAUAUUAGAGACGCCUCGCAAGCAUUGGACGAAUUGCUAAAAACACCGGAAGGGGUGAAAAAAGUGCGACAAAUGUUCAAUCUUUGCGAUACUUUCGACGGCACCGACACCUUAAAUGUCGCUUAUUUUAUAGACGAUUUGUCGGGAUCGAUAGCAGUUGCCGUUCAGUACAAUCUUGGUAUCGAUGAUAUUUGUCGGAUAAUGAAUGGCCCGAGUGGUGGCACUCCGUUGCAAAGACAAUGGACUUAUCAGACGUGCACUGAAUUUGGAUACUUUAUGUCAACCAAUGUGAGGGACUGCCUGUUUGGCCACAACAUACCCGUCCACUACUACACCCAACAGUGUAUUGAUGUGUUUGGACCCCAAAUCACAGCCCAAACCAUACAGAAAGCGGUGGACACCACUAACUCCUACUACGGGGGUCGUCAGCCUAAUGUGACAAACGUGGUGUUCCCUAACGGCUCACUGGAUCCGUGGCACGCAUUGAGUGUACUCCAGGACCUCAACAACAGCACCAAAGCCGUGCUGAUCGAGGGGUACGCCCACUGCGGGGACAUGUCUGCCGCCUACCCAAUGGAGCCCAAGAGUCUAAAGGAUGCGCACGACUUGAUUACCAAACAAUUGGCCGAAUAUUUGAAAUAA